GCGCUACACCCGGCAUUUAUCGCGGCGCAUUGUCGAGUAGAGCGCGCUCCUAGCUCGGGUAUCCCGCAUGUAUUCCGCGAGUGUACCUCUGUGAAUAUCUUCUGUGAUCUCUGGAUGUUUUGCGUGCAACAUGGGUGGACGACUAGUGUUGUUGUUAGUGAUGUGCACGGGACUCGUGAGAGCCGACAGGAAACUUACCGUCGUCGAGAAAAUUAGAGGAGACGGGGACCUCUCGCAGUUCCUCUCGCUGCUGGAACGCAACGUGAUAGCCAACACAACCCUGCAUUAUCGUCAGAUGACUCUGUUCGCGCCGACCAACGAGGCAUUCCAGAGGUUCAACGGAGAGCUAGACGACUCGCUCGUCCUCUAUCAUAUAGCAAACCUAGCGACAACGCUAUCGAACAUGGACUAUGCGAUAUCAACGGACUUGGAUGGCAACCCGCCGCUGUGGGUGACAACGCGCCGCGGCCCGAUGCACGACGACAUCUAUGUCAACAACGCUAAGGUCUACGUCACCAGGUCUUACCAGGCCGUCAACAGGAAUAAUAAGCUGCAAGUAUUGCACGUAAUAGACCAAGUGUUACUGCCGCUGCAGCCCCAUGGACCCAGCUCAAUCAGCUCUCCAGUGUAUAAUCCCAACGCCUAUCAUUUUCUGGAACACUCGGAUCUCUUCAACAUUGGCCAACACCGACUCAGAUCCUUCAGACAAAAAGUGAACCAGCUUAAAAAGAGCAAAGUGUUUGACUCCGACGGCAGGCAUACGUUCUUUAUCCCUGUCGAUGAGGGAUUUAAGCCGACAACUAGAUCCGAUUUGAUAGACGAGAAAGUUGUGGACGGACACGUUAUACCUCAUCAUGUGUUGUUCACUCACGCGACGCCGGACACUAAGGAGUUUGAGACCCUGGCUUUCGGAGACAAUGUCAAGGUCAUUAUAUCGUUCAGCACCGUCAUGAAUGGGAAAGAUGAGAUAACCUACGUAAAGUCCAACACCGUGGCUGGCGAUGCCAAGCACGCUCGAGGCGUGGUCCUGGCCGACAUCGUGAGAGCGAACAUCCCCGUGAAGAACGGAGUCGUACAUCUGAUACAACGACCUCUCAUGGUCGUCGAUACAACCGUCAUCGAUUUCCUCAGGGGAAUUGAAAAAGAAGACGGACCUCUUUGUAAAUUCUAUGAAGUAAUCAUGGACCUGGGAGCAAACAACCAGUUCUUCAACGAACUCACUUUGGCGAAAGACAUUACUCUAUUUGCGCCUUCAAAUGAGGCGUGGGCCGACUUCAGCGUCGAAAAUAUUAUUAGGAACCAUCAAAAGCUGAGGGACAUUUUGAAUUUACACUUGGUACGUGAAAGGCUGCCACUGGACGCGAUAAUACACAACAACAUGAAUCAGAUUUAUCAAGCACCGACGGCCUUACCUCGGAAAUACCUUUACUUCAACGUUCUGACUCGCGGUCAGAAUCAGACGCUAACUGUGGAAGGCGGUGGAGUGAACGCGACUGUGACUCUUCCCAACAUUGCUGCAACCAACGGCUUUGUUCACAUUAUCGAUAGAGUACUGGGAGUCCCAUACACAACAGUCUUCGAGAAAUUGAAAACGGAUCCGAUGCUCAACAUUACAUACAACCUGGGCAAGCGACAAAUGUUCAACCAGCAGCUAAAUGACAUGGAGCAUCGUUACACAUACUUCGUCCCCCGCGAUCACGCUUGGCUAAAAUUCCAAAUUAAGCAUCCUUCUGCUUUCAAAUCUCUGUUCAGAGAAGACUUUGGUUAUUUCACAAAGCAAAUUUUAGAGCGACAUGUUAUCCGGGCCGGGCGUGCGUACACGGUAUCUGAUUUAAAACUUCUCGCAAACGAAACACAUCCCUUCGUUCUGCCGACUUCACGCGAUCCGCUCCGGCUGCGUGUCAAGGAAUCUGAUAAGAACUACUACGUGGAGUGGAACGGCCAUUGGAUCCACGUAUUCAGGCCUGAUGUGGAGUGCACUAACGGCAUCAUCCACGUCAUCGACGAGCCCUUCGUGUUGGAGAGUGACAUCCGCGCGACCGGCGCCGCUCACAGACUCAACCUCGCCUACACGUACUUCAUUCUGUUCUUGUCGUUCUGUUUUGUAAGAAUUUUGGAAAAUUAAACGUCCAUCCGUUUUUGUUGAGUCAAUUAUGCGUUCGUAUUAUUUAUGGCCAAAAGGGGCUUUGAAUAAAAUCUUAAAUUAUCAUCUUAAAAUAAACACAAACUUAUUUGGACAGUGUACGCUAAAAAUUGCAUUGAAUGUUUCAUGAAUUUUGGGUACCUUCAUUUUACGUUACCGUAGUUUUCAUAUAGUUUAAGGAUAACAUGCGGGAUUGCACUGAAUUUUUAACAUGCAGAAGUCCGUGGUGAGAUGUUUAUGUCUCGAAAUAUACACUGCCAUCAAUAUUAUAAAGUUUUAGUGACAAAAGAACAUUUUUAACAUAUUUAUCUUUUUAUUACAUUCUAAAUCGAAACUUGUUGUUUCAAGAUAAAUCGAAAAUUCUGUAAUCAAUCUUGACAUAAAUUUAUAUAUGGUAUUUAUAAAAUAAAUAUUUGAGUAAGGCAUUAUAGACAUAUAGGUAUUUAUUUCUACAUAACUGUUGUUGAAGUUUUUUAGAUUAAUUAUAAUGAAUGAAUGAAUCUUACGCUCCACUUUUAAAUUUUGGGUCCCUUGUGCCUUUUUUAAAACCAAAGUACUAAAAUUAAUUCAAAAUAUACCUAUCCAAAUUUUUAUUUACAAAAUCUGUAUAAUAUUUACUUUAACAUAUUGCCUAUACAUUCCAUGUUAUAAGUAUCUUAAAGAUCUAUUAAUGUCUAAAUAUUUAUUGUUGUUACCAAUGAAGUACCCAAAUUGAGCUUUCAGUUGUAAAAAAUCUUUUAAUGAAUCAAUAUGAAUUGUUAAAAUUUUAAUCGAAGAGCAUUGAUUUAAUGUAAGUAGAAUUAUUCAUUCGUGUCAAAUUAAUUGGUCGACAAAUAAAAAUGUUCGGAUUUAAAUUGAAAAGAUAAUCCGGUAGCGUAUGGAGAGACGCUUGCUGCCUGAUCAUUAUAUUUAAGUUCAUUGAAUAUUUCUAACUAUUACGAUGAUUUGAAUUUAAUAAAGUAUUGUAAGAACGGCCGCUUUAGCUUGCACGCUGUUGGAGCUAGGCAGGUCUUUCUAUCAUUAUUAUAAGCAAUGGAAAGUAAAGUAUUUAAUAAAGUAUUCUUAAAUUGAGAGCGAUCAUAUUAUUAUAGAUGUAUAUAGGAAUGAAUGGGCUUAUAAUUAUGAUGGUGCAUUUGUGAUUCUCUUACGUUUACUAAGCAGAUGUAAAUAAUUUAUAUAAGUUAUCAUAGUUCAUUAAAGUUAUUGUAUAAUUUAGUAGCUAUUACUUGAAUACGACUGAAAUUUUAUCACGUUUUCAUACACGAAGAUAUACUCGUAUUGGACAAAUUGAAAGAUGUUACAUUGAAAUGACAGAAAUGCUGCUUCCGCGUUUUAAACUUUACUAUAACGUUGAAGUUUUCUAUUAAAAGUGAUUUACAAAAUAGUGUUAUGUACUUACUUACAUUUACAAUGGUCACUUUAUAUUGAAUAUACAUGAAAUAUUUGGAGUAGAUAUUUACAACAGUAAGGCAGCAUUUAUUAGUAAAUUCUUACCGAUUAAUAUAUUCAAGUAUCUUGUUGAAAUCAGUGUAAUAGAUACAAUUAUCUGUCGCUUAAUAGGUAUAUUUACAUUAAUGACUUUAUAAGCAAAUAUUCAAGUGAUGUCUAUAUUGAGCCAAAGCUAAUGCUACUUCAACUGAUAUCAAUAUUACCUUCCUAUACUUAUUGUGUAAGGUUAUAAUAUUACCUACAAUAGUUGUUAGAUUGACAUAUAGCCUAUAAAUGUAAGGUUUGAAUGUUCAUGGAAGCGAUCAUUAUUAAAAUUGCAUUUUUAAUACUAUACACUAGUGUUACGUGGGACGUAUUGACCCAAGACAAUAUAAUUCUGACCAAAUAUUCAACCAAAUAUUUGGUUAAGUACGAAAUUGGAAUUCAAUUAAUUAGUGGAUGUUUUGGUGUAAUAAAAUCUAUGUCAAAUUAGUGAAGACGUUAUGGGGAAGUGUUUAAUGACAAAGAAUUUAUGUGUAAAAUAUACAUAUUGAACUUCU